AUGGCUUCAGCGGCGUUUGAUCCAUCACUCGGUCUACAGUCCAGCGACCAUCGUGACCUCCUCAACGUGAUUGAUGAACUUCGCUCGGAAGGGAAGACCAUCGUUUGCGGCGACCAAUCCUCAGGAAAGAGCUCCGUCCUCGAGGCGGUGUCUGGCUUUCCGUUUCCCCGAAAGGACAACUUGUGUACACGCUUCGCGACAGAGGUCAUCUUGCGACGAAAUGCAACAGAGCAUGCUAAAGUUGACAUUAUCCCAGGCCCUGACCGGACAAAUGAGGAGAAGGCCAAACUGGCCACUUUCGUGAAGACUGAAGUCGAACUUGCUCAACUAGAGCGCCUGAUCAAUGAUGCAAAGUUCAUUAUGGGCGUGGGGACUGACAUGCGAUCUUUCAGUAGCGACAUCCUUCACGUCGAAAUUGCUGGUCCUUCACAGCCGCACCUAACACUCGUCGAUCUGCCGGGGCUGUUUCGAGCCGCGAACCGGCUGCAAACGGAUGACGACGCCGAGGCCGUCACUUCGUUGGUGCGAUCCUAUAUGAUAAAGGAAAGAAGUAUUAUCCUCGCCGUGGUGUCUGCGAAGAAUGACUUUGCGAAUCAGAUCGGCUCUGAGAGCGAAAAAUCAUUUAUUGAUCUUGCGCAAAACAAGGACAUUGCAUUUCGGCUAGGAUGGCAUGUCGUGCGUAAUCGCGACUUCGACGCCCAGUCGUCCAGUACCGAAGAAAGGGACAGGGUGGAGCGGGAAUCCUUUCAAAGCGGGGUUUGGGCUCACUUGCCUGGGAAAGCUGUCGGCAUCGCCGCCUUGAAGGAUCGUCUGAGUCGUGUUCUGCAAGACCAAAUCUCGAACGAGCUGCCAAAGCUUCUGGAAGACGUUGAAUGCGGUCUGCGGGGUUGUGGAAAGACUCUCGAUCAACUCGGGACGCCGCGUACCACCUUUUCAGAACAGCGACUCUAUCUGCACGGAGUUAGUGAGAGAUUCACGUAUCUUGCGAAAGCAGCUAUCGAAGGCAGCUACCAGGAUAUCUUCUUCGGGAACCCUCACAAAGCACCUGGCAUUGUUAAGCGCUUCCGCGCAGUUGCCCAGAAUGCAUCGAUUUCCUUCGCAGAGACAAUGCGCAAAGAAGGACAUCAAAGAUCUGUCGUCGACUCGACGAAUUCCGAGACGGCCGAAGGUGAUGGCCGACUGAUUUCCAGAGAGGCGUUCAUCGACGAGGUGUUGCCCUUGAUGAGGAAUACCCGUGGCAGGGAGCUGCCGGGGACGUAUAGCCCGCAUCUGAUCGCCGACCUCUUCUUCGAACAGGCCCAACGGUGGGAAGGUCUUACCCGUGGCUACAUUUCCCAGCUGUGGGACCGGACAACUGUAGCAAUCGGCUUGAUCCUCAAUCAUGUGGCAGACUCAAGAACAGCAGAGCAGCUCCUGCGGAGGAUCGUCCAUCCCGCUCUUGAAGGGAUCAAAUUCAAAUUGGACGACGCAGUAUCUGGGAUCCUCGCACCUCAUCAGGCUGGCCAUCCCAUUACUUACAAUCAUUAUUUCAUAGAGAACCUUCAGAAGCUGCGACAGAAGCGCCAGAGACAGCUUUUAUCCAAGAAGCUUGACCAAUUUUUCGGCACGAAUUCUGAUGAAGGCUUGACUUGGUGUGAGGGGAGGACUGUCGAUGUUAAGUCUCUGCUCACCACUCUAACCGAAUCCAGCAUGCCAGAUAUGGAUCGUUUCGCUUGUUCCGAAGCCAUCGAUGGAAUGAUGGCCUAUUACAAGGUUGCCAUGAAGACUCUUGUAGAUGACAUCGCCGUCCUGGCCGUCGAAAGGUGUCUCCUGAAGAACAUUCCCGAGCUUCUACCAUCACGAACCAUCAUCUCACUCAGUGAUGAUCAAAUAUCUACCGUCGCUGCCGAAAGCGAUGAUGCUCGAGCCGAAAGAUCUCGCGCCGAGAAAGAACACAGGGUUCUGACUAAAGCCCGCGCUAUGCUCAGGAGGCUUGACCAGUCUCACCCAAGCGAGCUUGAUUUCUCCACUUUUCAAACAAGGAGCAACGAAGACAUUGCUUCCAACGCUGGAGCUGCCUCUUCCGAACGAUCUACUUCUUUUGGAACAAAUUCCACGAAAGAUUAUUUGGGUACUAUCCGCCAGGGACUAACCGCACCGCUGUCUGAAUCGUCAGCACCUCUAGAUUACACUCUAUCGACGAACGAUGUCUUGGUAAAUGGCACUCUUAAUGCUUUGCCCCAGGAGGACCACGAUGAUUGGGGAAUGCUGGGCUCCAAAAAGAAGAAGAAGAAGAUGCUAGAUUCCUUGCAUUGA